AUGUCUCAGACUGCCAAGUCCGCCUCCAGCCAGGGCACCGAUGCCAAGGACAAGGGAGCCCCCGCUCCAGCUGCUUCCAGCAAGGCCACCAAGACCGGAGAGCCUGGCAUGGGAUCUUUCAGAGUUAUGCUGUUCGACCAGGAGAACUUCCAGGGCAGGAUGAUCGAGGUCCAGAAUGAGUGCAUGAACGUGUGUGACCGUGGCUUGGAUAGAGUGCGUAGUAUCAUUGUGGAGUGCGGCCCCUUUGUUGCCUUUGAGCAGACUAACUUCCGUGGGGAGAUGUUCAUCCUGGAGAAGGGAGAGUAUCCUCGCUGGGAUACCUGGAGCAACUCCUACCGCAGUGACUGCCUCAUGUCCCUCAGGCCCAUCCGCAUGGACAGCUUGGAGCACAAGAUCUGCCUGUAUGAGCUCUCCGACUUCAAGGGCAACAAGAUGGAGAUCCAGGAGGAUGAUGUGCCCACCCUCUGGGCGCAUGGCUUCUGCGACAGAGUGGGCAGCGUGAGGGUGCCCGGAGGAGCGUGGGUGGGCUACCAGUACCCUGGAUACAGAGGCUACCAGUACCUGUUUGAGUGUGGUGACUACAGACACUACAACGACUUCUGCGCCUUCCAGCCCCAGAUCCAGUCCAUGCGUCGUAUCAGGGACAUGCAGUUCCACCAGAGAGGAUGCUUCACCUUCACCUCUGCCAGCAAGUGA